AUGGUAGUUUUGGAUGACGCUGAUACAAUAAAGCGGGAUAUUAUGAAAACUUAUAAUAGAAGAAAAAUAUUGAUUAAAGAAAUUCUUCAAAAUGCUGAGGGUAAAAUUUCUCUUACUUGUGAUGGCUGGACAUCCCUUCAGCAACUUGGAUACUUGUUGUUGCAAACCAUUACUCUUGACAAUGCUAUAUCAAAUAAUGUCGCAAUUCAUGAAUUAGCCAAUCUUAUUUCCCAAGACUCUUACAUACAAAUCGAUGAAGAGCUUUUUCAUAACCGGUGCCUUGCCUAUAUCCUAAACCUCAUCAUGAAAGAUGGUCUAAAAAAAAUUGCUGAAGUUAUUGGAAAGAUUCGUAGUUGCGUUAAAGCAAUACAUUCAUCACCAAGAAGGCGUCAAAUGUUUUUGGAUAUCUGUGAAUCUGAAUCUCUAAAACCUGUAGUUCCAUUGUUAGAUUGUAAUACACAUUGGAACUCAACGUUUUUAAUGCUACAAUCAGCUACACGAGUUACUAAUAUAAUUCUUAGAAUGAAAGACUAA